GGGGAAUAUAGGAUUUCUUCUCCAAAAAGUACAUUUGUGGCCGUAGCAAGUCGCACGCUCCCUCGCAGAUGCCCGCGCUCAAAGCAUAGGAGCAAGAUCUCCCAGGUAGCUGUUAACAAGACGCUUCGACUUGACUCCCAAAAAAACACUGCCCGUCAUGCAAUUGGGGCUUUCUGCCGCGGAGGCGAACCGACGUACCCAGGUUCCCUUCCCUGGACCCGCUACCAGCGCUGCUGCAAGGCCACUGUUCCGUCACCAUCCCCCAUCCUUGCAGCCGCCAGCUGCCUUUGUUAACGGCAACGGCUCCCUCCUCAAUACACCCGACAGCUCUUCAAACUGCAGCAACACGACAAAUAACUCCGCCGUGGCCCAUGGCAACCGUCUCGGCAGCAGCAGCAGCAGCCUGGUGCUUGGCAAUAUCACCGGCGGCAGCCUAGGGCGCCGUACAUUAGUCAUACCAGCUGCUGCACGCCGUCCAGGCGGCGGAUCUAGUAGACGUCGUACGACUGCCAGCGGUCCUAGCGGUGAUGGCAGUACUGGCAACAAUACUAGUGGUGACGGUGGUGCUACAGGUGGAGCCGCCUCCGCUGCUUUGGAUCCGAAUCCUGCCGUACCGGAGCGCAUUGAGGAUCGUGAGCUGUACGACGAGGCGUAUGAGUCGUACCUAUCUUACGCCAUGUCAGUGAUCGUGGGUCGCGCCCUGCCCGACGUGCGCGACGGCCUGAAGCCGGUGCACCGCCGCAUCCUGUACGCCAUGCACGACAUGGGGCUGGCGCACUCCAAGCCCUUCAAGAAGUGCGCCCGAGUGGUGGGAGAGGUGCUGGGCAAGUUCCACCCGCACGGAGACUCGGCGGUGUACGACACGCUUGUACGGAUGGCGCAGCCCUUCGCCAUGCGGCAAACCCUGGUUGACGGUCACGGCAACUUCGGCUCGCUGGACGCCGACCCGCCCGCCGCCAUGCGAUACACGGAGUGCCGGCUGACUGCGCUGGCAGAGCGGGCGCUGCUGGGGGACCUGGGGGGCGGGGGCGGGGGAGGUGGGGGCAGCAGGGAGACGGUGGACUGGCUGCCCACCUUUGACGCUAGCCAGGACGAGCCCGUGGUGCUCCCCGCCGUCAUCCCGCACCUGCUGGUGAACGGCUCCUCCGGCAUCGCGGUGGGCAUCGCCUCGCACAUCCCGCCGCACAACCUGCGGGAGGUGGUGGGGGCGCUGAGGGCGCUCAUCGCCGACCCGCGGGUCACCACGGAGCAGCUGAUGCAGCACAUACAGGGACCCGACUUCCCAACGGGCGGUCAGGUGGUGGCGGGGCCGGAACUGCUGCAGGCUUACACCACGGGUCGGGGCUCGCUCAUCAUUCGCGGCAAGGUGCACAUCGAGCGCACCGGGACAGCGACAACAACAACAGGGGCAGCGUCACCUCGCAAGAGCCGACGGAACAAGGACGCUGCCGCUGCUGCUGCUGGUGGUGGUGGUGGUGGCGGCGGUGUGGCCGGUAGCAUGAGCGAGGAUGAGGAAGGCGGAGUGGGAGGUGGAGGAGGAGGUGGAGGCCGAGAGGGGCGGGAGCUGAUUGUGAUAACGGAACUGCCGUACCAGGUGUAUAAGUCCGAGCUCGUCUCCACCCUCGCCUCCCUGGCUGAGCAGCGGGUGCUUGAGGGGGUGGCGGACGUGCGCGAUGAGAGCGACCGGUCGGGGGUGCGGGUGGUGGUGGAGGUGCGGCGGGGGCAUGCGGCGGAGGGGCUGCUGGCCAAGAUGUACAAACACACACGGUUGCAGACCUCCGUCCACGUGAACUGCGUGGCGCUCCACGGUGGCUCGCAGCCCCGGCUGGCGGGUCGGUUGGACGCUGUGGUGGCGGAGGUGCGGGCGGCGACGGAUGCGUCGGCUGCCCGUGAGGCGCUGGUGGCAAGACAUGGGCUCAGCGAGCUGCAGGCUGAGGCGGUGUUGGGUCUGACGCUGCGGCGGCUGACGGGCCUGGAGGCGGCCAAGCUGCGGAAGGAGGCGCGGGAGCUGGGGGAGACCAUCCGGCGGCUGCAGCGGGUGCUGUCCGACCGCUCCGCGCUGCUGUCGCUGGUGGAGCUGGAGGCGGGUCGGGUGGCGGAGGAGUUCGGGGAGCCGCGGCGCACGCAGCUGAUCAGCGGGGAGGAUGUGGCCUCCAGCUCCGCCGCCGCCGCUGCCGAGUCCCUCCCGCCCGCGCGCCCCUGCCUGCUGCUGACCUCCCGCCGCGGCUUCCUGCGCCGCGUGCCGCUGGACUCGGUCAACAAGCAGAACAGGAACACACGAGGCAAGUCCUGCUUGCGUCUGCGCUCCGGCGACUCCCUGGCCGCCCUGGCCGCCCCCCGGGAGUGCGACCAGCUGCUGCUGAUCUCCCCGGCCGGCAGGGCGUACCAGGCGGCGGUGGUGGCGGUGCCGGGGGCAGGAGGGGCAGGAGGGGCAGCAGGAGCAGCAGGCGGGGGGGAGGCUGGGGCGGGAGGUGGAGGAGCGGCGGGGGCGGCGGCAGCGGGGGCGAGUGGCGCGGCGGGGCCUUCGGGCGUGAGCGUGGCAAAUGUCCUCAAGCUGGGCGCCGCCUUCCCCAUCGCCGCCCUGCUGCCCCUGCCGCCCCGCCUGGCGCCCACACCCAGGACGGCAACAGCAGCAGCAGGGGCAGGUGUGGCAGGCGCAGCGGGGCCGGUAGCCGUGGAUGUAGGAGGAGCCGACAUGGCAGAAGGCGGGGCAGAAGGAGGAGCAGCGCCCACGGCUGAGAAGGAGGCAGCGGAAGUGCAGGAGGUGGCAGCGGCGGUGACGGCGGAGGAGGAGAAGGAACGAGAGAAGCCGCAGGGUGACGGGGAGGGCGAUGCUGGCGGGAACGAUGAGGAUGAGGAGGAGGAGGAUGGCGGCCCGAGCAUCCUGCUGUGCAGCCGUCAGGCGUUGGUGAAGCGAAUCGGCAUUCCGAGGCAUAAGAUCCCGCGAUCCGGCCUGACGUUCGCCAACUAUUCCACCUCCAUCACCAAGAAGAAGGAGGAGAAGAAGGAGGAGACCAAGAAGGGUUCUUCUCCUUCCCGCCAGUCUGACGAGCUGGGCUGGGCGGCGCUGCUGGGCGGUCCGAGGGAUGUGGUGCUGCUCGUGUCGGCGCAGGGGCAGGCGCUGCUGUUUCCGGCGGGGGAGCUGAGGCGGAUGGGGGGGAGCGCCAAGGGCGUUAGGGGCAUGAGGUUCGGAUCUGUACGACGGUCCGGUGACCGGCUGGCGGACGUUGCCGUACUGCCGGCGGAUGUAGCUACCCUCCUGCAGCAGGAGCAGCAGGACAGCCGUGGCGAGGGAGGUGGCGGCGAGGACGUUGGUGACGUGGGAGGCGACGACGACGAGGUGACAGCGGCGGCUGAGGAGGAGGAGGAGGAGGAGGAGCAGGCGGCUGAGCAUGAGAAGGCUGAGGGCUCUGUUGAGGAGGAGGCGGAGGCUGAGGUGGUAGCAGCGGAGGCGGGUCCUUGCUUGCUAGUGGUGACGGCUCAUGGAAGCGGAAAGCGCAUCCCUUUGAGCCAGCUCAGACUGGGAAGCCGCAACCAAUCAGGCAUGCGCAUCGCGCGACUCGCCUCCGCCGCUGCUCCACGGAAGACGAAGAGCGAGCGACGCGCGGAGGCCGCCGUCGCGUCCGCCGCUGCCGCUCCUGACAGCAGCUACGAUGCUGGCGGCGCAAGUGGCGAUGCGGCGGCGGCAGCCGCUGCUGCUGCUGCUGGCGGCAAUAGCAAGAGCAGCAGCAGUCGCGGCGCUGACCGUGUUGUGGCAGCGCUGUUGGUUCGAGAUGGAGAGGAGGUGCUGCUGGCGUCGAAGAACGGGGUCGUUGUACGACAGGCGGUUGACGGCAUUGUCGUACAAUCGCGUUACACGAUGGGAAAUUACGUAAUGGAGUUGGAUGAGGGAGAUGAGGUGGCGGAUGUGGCAGUUGUGCCGAUGGAAGUGGAGGAGGCGACGGCAGGGGCCUCGCCGCCGGAGAGGCCUGCGAGGUCGAGGGCGGCGAAGGGGGCGAAGGGGGUGACCCGUGGGUCACGUGUGAAGCCGCCGGUGGCUAAAAAGGCGGUGGUGGGCGGCAAGACGGCGGGUGGCAGCAGGCGUGGCAAGUGACGAGGGAGAUGAGAUGAGAUCCGCGCGGCUUGAUGCGCGGUGCGUUGCAACGUGGGGGAUGUGGCUUAGCUUACCUAGCGUUGGAGAUGCAGGCGGGAAGGGUCGCGUUGCCCUCGGAGGUACUCGAAGGCGGAUUGUAUGUAGGCUUCUGAAUGUCUUGAAUGAGGCGCGAGAGGGAAGGCUGAAACAGGCACAUGGCGCGAAGCGGCAGGAACAACAGCAGCGGCAGGGUCGGCAACAGCAGCAGCAGGAGUUUAGCGUGCUAGGGAUACGCAACUAUAGGCCGAGAACGCCCUGCCGCCCGCCGAAGGGUUAUCCCGUAGCUACCGAUAUUGCAGAAUAUAGCCAUGUACGCAGGGGCAUGUGCCGAUAAUUCAACGCAGGGAUGUCGUACCCAUGUUCCUUUCAACUCUUCUAUACGUACAAGUUACCGGUUGGAGUAAACGUGCGGCUUUAGUAGCCACCUAGGUCGCAUGGACCCACACUGGCCAUGUGCGAGGCUAUGCCGGUACCGUUUUGGCGCGUGGGAAGAGUCGGAAUGUUUCAUGAGUGCUGACUGUGUUUCUGAGACCGCUUGCACGGCACUUAAUCGCAAGGCUAACUAAGUUUUUAGAGAAAGUAGGGCCUGCCGUGGUAAAAUUGCCCCAUG